UUAUUCAGAGAGUGGAAGGGGUGUUGAAGCACUUUCACCUGACCACAGAUCCGAAUGGCAUCCCUCUUUAUAAGCCCUCCAUGCUAAAGAGAUGGAGGAUCCAACGAGUCCACAUUCUGCGCGGUUGCCUCAGUGAUCCUGAGGUGGAAGGGGGCAUACUGUACCGCCGUGGAGGAACGAUACAGUUAAACCACGUGCCAGGUGAGCGUGCAGCAGUCCCCGUCUGGAUCCCCAUCAGAGGCACGUCGCAGCAGGAGGGCUACCACUUUCACCAGGCCAAAUGGGUGACCGGCACGCAGGUCUCCCCAGAGCUGUUCCAGGCCCAGGCCAUGACAGGAGUGUGUCGCUGGAACUAUCAGCGUCUGCUGGACCUGAAACUGCCAGGCGUUUCUCUCCCGCCUGUUUUCAACCCUGCACUGAUAUGCUCCCUGAAUGCUGUUUCCAGACGGGUCUUUGGCGAAGAAAAGUACCCUGCUCUUCGUCUGGCAGCUGAAGACACCGGGGAGAGGUUUGGCCUGGAGUACAGGGAGCCAGAAUGUUGUCCGGUCCCUUUAGACUGGGACAAACAUAAAACCAAGAAGGACCCCGGCCACGCCACAAGUGCUCCUUCUCCAGGCAUCCUGCCUGAUCAGGGAGCUGGUCAGGGAGCAGACCCAGUGCAGCCUUCCUCCACACCUCCCACCAGGCUUUUCAGCUUUGUUCACCCUCUUCAAACUGCUACUGUGACUACGUCUAGUCGUGUGGCCCCUAUCCCAGCAUCUGACUUGGACAAUAAAGCUUCUGUUACUGAGCUUCAGCCACAGCCAGAGCCCACAAGAAGAUUACCCAUCCAAUGUUCUCCGACUGCUGCCCGCACUGGACCAGUGAAGACUGGAGGGAGAGUAUUUGUGUUGGACCACAAGCGCUGGCCGUCUCCAAAGAAGUCGGCAAUUGACGAGCUCCUUAAUAAACACCGCGGGCACGAGGACAUGAUCAAGCUUGUGGUUCGGGAGUAUGGCACUCUUGUCCACAAGUCCAGCAAAGACCCCAACAGCAUGCUGCAUCCAACAUCAAAAUUGCAUAUUUCCAAAUACAUGAAACACAACAGUAAAUUUCUCAAUACAUCAUCUUCACUAAAUACCAGCCCAGAGAAGCUGCAACAUACACAGCAGCUUUGGCAGUUGCUAAGCACUACCUCUGCUGUGCCUGUCGUGACACUGCCUGCAGCUAUGGUCAUUCCACCAUCACCACCACCACCACCACCUGACCCGGGUUUCCCGCUUGACAAGUGA